AUGCCAACGCCCUGCGGUACCAGCACGAGCCCUGUGGACAUAUUGAACCACAGGAACUGGGGCCAGACCUUCCUAGAUGGCUCUUCUAUAAGUCGAGUAGACAUAGGCUGGGGACAAAGAAGGGAGCGGACUGAGGAGACCUGCAGCUCCAGGCUCUUCCUGUUCCUGAACCUCCAAGUCCUGCCUAACCCUGUUUUAGAAGGAGAUACCCUGACUCUGCAGUGCCAGGGGGAAAAACACACUCCACUUUCCCAGGUGAAGUUCUGCAAAGAUGGAAAAUUCCUUCAUUUCACUAAGGUCAACUGGCCUCUGUCUAUUGGAGUAGCAACAGUAAAAAGCAGAAGGAAAUACCGCUGCAGGGAGGACGUGCUAUUUCUCCCAUACAUGGUCUUACAAACCUCAGAGGCUACCAUGGUUCAAGUUCAAGAGCUGUUCCAGCCUCCUGUGCUGAGCACUGACCCCUCUCCAGAGCCCCACGAAGGGAGUCUGUUGAUCCUGAGGUGUCAGAAGGAGCUGCACCCCCAGAAGUCAGCCUUGUAGUUCCUCUUCUCCUUCUAUAAGGACGGUCACACCAUACAGAGCAUGGGCCACCAUGCAGAACUCUGCAUUCAUGAGGGAGACUCUGGGAUCUACUGGUGCAGAGUGGCUCUUGAGGGUGGCCAUGUCCAGAAACAGAGCCCCUUGUUGAAAAUCAGGGCUCAGGCUCCUGUGUCCCUUCCUCUCCUCACCCUGCGACAUGGAGCCACUAGCCCUGCUGAGGGGGCUGUGACAGAGCUACCCUGUGAGGCCCAGAGGGGCUCCUCUCCAAUCCUCUACUUGUUCUACCUUGACGGGGAGAUCCUGGGGAACCACUCGGUCCCAUGUGGAGCUGCCUCCCUCCACUUCCCACUGAAGUCAGAGCAAGAUGCUGGGAACUACUCCGAAAAUGCCAAGAACAGUGUCCCCAGAGAGAAAAGUGAGCCCAGGAUGGAUGAGCGAGCCCAUGAAUCCCUGCAUGGUUCUCAAGUCGUGUCCACCCCCACCAUCAGCAAUCGGCUGGUUGCUGGGCUAACUGGGAGCCUGCUUGGUGUCAUUGCUGUGACAUUUCUGGCUUAUUUCAGACCCUGGAGAAAAGCUGUCCAUCACCAGGAAGAGAAAGAUGAAGAUAUCACCUACUCUAUGGUGCGGACAAUCUCAGAAAGGAACAAGGGUGAGUGAUCUCAGCCCAGACCUGACAUCUCUGCUAAGGGCAGGAUCUGGGCCUAGGAUGAGGGGACCACUACCAUUACCAUAAUUAUUGCUGUCUCAAGCAAAAGCUACUGCUAUCACCAAUGCUGCCAUACUUAGCACCAACGCCACCACGAUGACCACCAUCUCCUCACUCACUACCAUCAUUAACAGCACCAUCACCACCGUCGUCAUGGACCGUGACCA